AUGGACAUAUCCAUACACGAAACUCGCUCUCCAGAUACAAGUCAACAAGUUGACGACAAGGUGCCGGUACCCGCCAACGAGUCCAACGAGUCGUCCAUCGCCUUUGGAACAGAGAAGCAGUCGGCCGAACCCGUGCCAGAGAAGGCUGGUAAGAAGAGGAGAUGGUUCAGCAAGAGCGUCAAGGACACAACCAAGGACGAGGAUGAGGAUGACAAGCCGCCACCCAUCAAGCCUGUCAGCCUCGUGUCGCUGUUCCGCUUCGCGACGCGCACCGAGCUCAUUCUCCAAUUCUUCGGCCUGGCCAUCGCAGCGGGUGCGGGAGCCGCAUUGCCGUGUAUGACACUCGUGUUCGGCCAGCUCGUCACGCUCUUCACCGACUUUGGCACUGUCGCGCGCCAGAUCGCCCAGGAGGGCCUCACGCCCGCGACGGCGGCUGCGCUCGAAAUCGCCAAGCGCAAUCUCAAGAAGGAAGUUGGCAACUGCGCCCUGUACCUCAUGGCGAUGGGACUGGGCAUGUUCAUCCUCACAUACACAUACAUGGUCAUCUGGAACUACACGAGCGAGGCGCAAAGCAAGCGUCUCCGCGAAUCGUACCUGCGCGCAGUGCUGCGUCAGGAGAUCGCGUGGUUUGACGACAUGGGCGCGGGCGAGAUCGCGAGCCGUAUCCAGACCGACUGCCACCUCGUGCAGAUAUCCAUCUCGGAGAAGAUGGGCAUCACUGUACAGCACUUUUCGACAUUCAUUGCCGGUUUCGUCGUCGCCUACGCCCGCAACCCCCGCCUCGCCGGUAUCCUAACCACCUCGUUCCCCGUCAUCAUUCUGUCGGGUGGUAUUAUGGGAUACUAUGAGACCAAGGCACAGACCAAGUGCCUCGGAUACAUUGCCAAGGCCGGCAGCGUCGUCGAAGAGGUCGUUAGCUCCAUCCGCACCGUCAAGGCGUUUGCAAGCGGGCCGUACCUGGGCAAACGAUUCAAUGCUGAGAUUGGCGCGAGCCGUGACGCGGGUGUAAAUGGCGCGGCACCACAGUCUGCCGGCCUGGGCCUUAUGUUCUUCACUGUUUACGCUGCGUACGCUUUGGCAUUCGCGUACGGAGGCCGCAUGGUCGAGCAGGGGGCCGCCAACAGUGGCGAGGUCAUCAAUGUCGUCAUGGCAAUCCUCAUCGGCGCAUUCUCCAUCGCCAUGGUCGCCCCCGAACUGCAGAGCAUCAGCAAAGGGCGGGCGGCCGCGACGAAGCUGUUCGAGACGAUCGACCGCGACCCGACCAUCGACUCGGCGGACCCCGGGGGCCUGCGUCCCGACAAGGUCGUCGGCGACAUUGCCUUUGAGAACCUCGUGUUCCACUACCCGUCUCGACCAAACGUACCAGUGCUCAAGGGGUUGUCUACUGUCUUUGGCUCUGGCGACACGUGCGCGCUCGUCGGCGCGAGCGGUAGCGGCAAGAGCACGGUCAUUCAGUUGCUGGAACGGUUCUAUGAUCCAGUCGGUGGCCGCAUCACACUCGACGGCAUCGACAUCCGCGAGCUCAACCUCAAGUGGCUGCGACAGCAGAUGGGCUACGUCGCACAGGAGCCGGUGCUGUUCGCAACCAGCCUCCGUGGCAACGUUGAACACGGCCUCAUCGGGAGCCGGUGGGAGAAUGCGCCGGACGCCGAGCGCCUCGCACUGGUCAAAAAGGCGUGUGAGGCCGCGAAUGCCGACUCGUUCAUCUCCAAGCUGCCGGACGGGUACGACACGCACGUCGGCGAGCGGGGCAUGCUCCUCUCCGGUGGGCAGAAGCAGCGCGUGGCCAUUGCUCGCGCAAUCGUGUCCGACCCGCGUAUCCUGCUUCUCGACGAGGCCACGAGCGCGCUUGACGGCCAUUCGGAGCGUGUCGUCCAGGAUGCGCUCGAGAAGGCUAGUGUCGGUCGCACUACCAUCGUCAUUGCCCACCGCCUCGCAACAGUCAAGGACGCGGAUAGGAUUAUCGUCAUGGGCGCCGGCAAAAUCGUUGAAAAGGGCACACACAACUCUCUCCUUGAAGACACGGACGGCGCCUACUACAAGCUUGUGCAGAACCAGCAGCUGCAGCAGAAGGCGGCCGACAAGGCUGCCGAUGAGUUGGACUCGGAGAGCGACGGUGAAGACCUGAACCCGCUCCAGCGGCAUAUUUCGCCGGAGCUGUAUCGCCAACACACGCACGGCAACCGCUCGCUGGCGUCGCUCGCCCUCGAGCAGCGGCGCAUUGACGUCACCGCGUACUCGGCGCCGUACGACAAGGCCGGGUUCUUCCCGCUCUUCUGGCGCCUCCUCCGGGUCAACCGCAAGCACUGGGUGUGGUACAUCCCUGGCAUCAUUGGCGCCGUCGCAGCCGGUAUGGUGUAUCCCGCCAUGUCGAUCCUGUUCGGCAAGACGAUCGCGGACUUUGAGUUGCCGCGCGAGUCAAUCAGGCCUGCGCUCGACCGCAAGGGUCUGUGGUUCUUCAUCAUCGCCCUCCUCUCCGGCAUCGCCAUGUUCUUCAACUACUGGUCCUUUUCGCGUACCGGGUGGGAGCUUGCGAGCACGCUGCGAACACGCCUCUUCACAGCGGUCACGAGACACGACGUCGAAUGGUUUGACGAGGAGGAGCACGCGACGGGCACGGUGACGAGCGACAUCUCGGACCGACCGCAGAAGAUCCAGGGCUUAUUCGGCGUAACCCUCGGCAGUAUCCUCCAGGCGGCGAUCACACUGUUCGGAGGCAUCAUCGUCGGUUUGUGCUACGGCCCGUUGCUGUCACUCAUCGGCAUCGCGUGCAUUCCCCUCAUCAUCGGGAGCGGGUACAUCCGCUUGCGCGUUGUCGUGCUCAAGGAGGAGAAGACGAAGAAGUGGCACGCCGGUAGCGCGCAGCUCGCGUCCGAGGCCGCGGCUAGCGUCCGAACUGUUGCGUCGCUCACGCGCGAGGACGAUGUCGAGGCCAUCUACGCGCGCUCGCUCGAGGAGCCAAUGGCGAUCAGCAUACGCACUGCGUACGGUUCGCAGGCGCUCUUCGCGGCGAGCCAGGGCAUCACCUUCCUCGUCGUGGGGCUCGUGUUUUACAUUGGCGCCAUCUGGAUCAUUGACGGCAAGUACGACACUGAGACUUUCUUCAUCUCCCUGAACGCGGUCAUCUUCGCGGCGAUCGAGGCUGGCGAUAUCUUCCAAUUCGUACCGGAUGCUAGCAAGGCCAACUCGGCGGCCCGCAGCGUCUUCCGGAUCCUCGACAACGUGCCUGAGGUCGACGCCGACUCGGACGAGGGCAUCAAGCUCGACCCGGCGUCGGUGCAGGGCGCCGUGGCAUUCCACCAUGUGCACUUCCGCUACCCAAGCAGGCCAGGUGUACGUGUGUUGCGCAAGCUGUCUCUCGAGAUCCCGGCGGGCAAGUACGUUGCUCUCGUCGGGCCAUCGGGCUGCGGGAAAAGUACAACAAUCCAGCUCAUCGAGCGGUUCUACGACCCACAGGCUGGCAGCGUCACGCUCGACGGGCACGACCUUCGCACGCUCAACGUGCGCGACAUGCGGUCUCACAUUGCCCUCGUGUCCCAGGAGCCGACGCUGUACGACGGCAGUGUGCGGUUCAACGUUGCUCUUGGUGCGGUGGACCCCUCCUCCGUCACAGAAGAGCAAGUCGUCUCAGCUUGCAAGGACGCCAACAUCUACGACUUCAUCAUGAGUCUGCCCGACGGGUUUGACACACCUGUCGGCGGCAAGGGCUCGCAACUGAGCGGCGGGCAGAAGCAGCGCAUUGCGAUUGCGCGCGCCCUUGUACGCAACCCCAAAGUUUUGUUGCUGGACGAGGCUACAGCCGCACUAGACAGUACGUCGGAGCGUGUGGUUCAGGCUGCACUGGAUAACGCCGCGCGCGGGCGGACGACGGUCGCGAUUGCGCAUCGCCUCAGCACGAUCCAGAACGCCGACAUGAUCUACUUUAUUCAGGAUGGGGCGGUGAUUGAGCGCGGCACGCACGACCAACUGAUCGCAAGGGGUGGCGCGUACGCCGACCUCGUGCAGAUGCAGGUGCUGAGCCGGGUGCAUUAG